UUCGCCACCCUGGCCCCGGGGAUCUCUGUUACAGCUGGUUUGCACUGGGAUUAGCUGCUCUUUGCAUUGGCUUGUAGCGGUGGAUGUGGUUUCUGUAGUGAUGGGACCGAGUGCGGAGAUCCAUUGGCUGCUGCCUUUGUAAAAUUCAUUCAGUUUGGUCCAAUAGCAGAGGGGGAUCGGGGAGACAUCAGGAGCUCUCUCGCCAGUCUCCCCUCUCCCUGGCAGACCCGUCUCUGUCUCUCCGCACAGAGCUCUCAUUCAGACCCCGCUCUGCCCUUCCUGCUCUCACUGGGUGGCUUUUUCCUCCUCUUUGGGGCCGAAACAACGAAUUUCCUCCCAACGGCCGCGGCGGUGGUCCCCACAUUCCUCUGGAGGAGCAGAUCUAGGGAAGGGGAGGAGGUGGAUUGGAAAAAGCCCAGACUCCCGGACUCAACACAGCCUUCCUGAAUCCUGCCCUCCGUCAGGGUUCCCUAGAAAAAUCUGGAUGUGUGGAAAACAGCCAUUCCUGCCAACGCAGCCCUUCCGCGACUAAGAUGACGGCUGAUGUGAUACACGAAAUAACGCACGUGAUUGAUUAGGACCUGGCUGGGCUUUGCUGGGGAGCGACCCGGGCGCGCCGGAGACCCCGAGUGGAAGCCCAAUGACGGUAGCUUCGAGCGGGUUCUGCAAAGCCGGGGAGCGGGCUCCAGGCCCCCCUUUUCCCGUAUCCUCUUGACCUACUACCCAGGGUGAAUGGGAAUGGCUAUGAACGUCUUCACGAAGCUCCGUAUCUUCAGUUGUAAAGAUGAAAGCUUAUGGAGAGGCUUCCUUGAAGCAUUGUCUUAGUGUGGAGCUCAUCAUUCUCCAUUCCACGCCUCCUGUUCCUCAAAAGGAACGGAUGUGUUGAGAUGGAAAAGAUGGCAACUAUAUGUCCAUGGAGGCAUUUUUAAAGGCAUCUUCUCAGAAGGACAAUGUAAUGUAGGAGGACUGCUCUGCCUUGGAGUUUUCCUAAGGAAUCCUUGUCCUUGGGACGUGUUGGAUGGUCCCCGCAUCUUCGAGCCUCACACUUGCUGGAAUUCCCUCCCAGGAUUAAGAGAGUGCUGCUCUCUCCCGCAAUGGGCUCCUGAGAAAACAGCUGGGUGCGUCCUUAACCUCGGGCUCUGUCUAUGACUCACCGCCGGGGCUCCUCUCCUGGGUCUUUUGCUCCCCAGAAAGCCCUCUCUGUCUGCAGGCUUGCUUCCCGGCUUUGCUUGCUUGGAAUCGUGUCACACACAGCCCCGCGGAUGUGGCAGUGAACAAUGUCGAGACCCAAGGGACUGUUAUGGGUGCCGCUGUUCUUCACGCCCGUCUGCGUCAUGCUGAACUCCAAUGUUCUCCUGUGGAUAACGGCCCUUGUCAUCCGCUUCACGCUCAUUGACAGCCAAGCCCAGUACCCGGUCGUCAACACAAAUUAUGGCAAAAUCCGGGGCCUAAGAACACCAUUGCCCAAUGAGAUUCUGGGUCCAGUGGAACAGUACUUGGGGGUCCCCUAUGCCUCGCCCCCUACUGGAGAGAGGCGAUUUCAGCCCCCGGAGCCCCCUUCUUCAUGGACUGGAGUUCGGAACGCCACCCAGUUCGCGGCUGUGUGCCCCCAGCAUCUCGAUGAGAGGUCCUUAUUGCAUGAUAUGCUGCCCAUCUGGUUUACUGCAAAUCUGGAUACUUUAAUGACCUAUGUGCAAGAUCAGAAUGAAGACUGCCUUUACUUAAACAUCUACGUGCCCACGGAAGAUGACAUCCAUGAUCAGAACAGUAAGAAGCCGGUCAUGGUCUAUAUCCACGGCGGGUCUUACAUGGAGGGCACCGGCAAUAUGAUAGAUGGGAGCGUUCUGGCAAGCUACGGCAAUGUCAUCGUGAUAACCAUUAACUACCGGCUGGGCAUUUUAGGGUUUUUAAGUACCGGCGACCAGGCGGCCAAAGGCAACUACGGGCUCCUGGAUCAGAUCCAGGCGCUACGGUGGAUUGAGGAGAACGUCGGGGCCUUCGGCGGCGACCCCAAGAGAGUGACCAUCUUCGGCUCCGGGGCGGGAGCCUCAUGCGUCAGUCUGUUGACCUUGUCGCACUAUUCAGAAGGUCUGUUCCAGAAGGCCAUCAUCCAGAGUGGCACAGCCCUGUCCAGCUGGGCGGUGAACUACCAGCCUGCCAAGUACACGCGGAUAUUGGCAGAUAAGGUUGGCUGCAACAUGCUGGAUACGACCGACAUGGUAGAAUGUCUUCGGAAUAAGAACUACAAAGAACUCAUUCAGCAGACGAUCACCCCCGCCACCUACCACAUUUCCUUCGGCCCCGUCAUCGAUGGCGACGUCAUCCCGGACGAUCCUCAGAUUCUGAUGGAGCAGGGGGAGUUCCUGAACUACGACAUCAUGCUGGGCGUCAACCAGGGGGAAGGCCUGAAGUUUGUGGACGGCAUCGUGGACAACGAAGACGGCGUGACGCCCAACGAUUUUGACUUCUCCGUGUCCAACUUUGUGGACAACCUGUACGGCUACCCGGAGGGGAAAGACACGUUGCGGGAGACCAUCAAAUUCAUGUACACGGACUGGGCUGACAAGGAAAACCCGGAGACGCGGCGGAAAACCCUGGUGGCUCUCUUCACGGACCACCAGUGGGUGGCCCCUGCCGUGGCCACGGCCGACCUCCACGCCCAGUACGGCUCUCCGACCUACUUCUACGCCUUCUACCACCACUGCCAAAGCGAAAUGAAGCCCAGCUGGGCAGACUCGGCCCAUGGCGAUGAAGUGCCCUAUGUCUUCGGGAUCCCCAUGAUCGGCCCCACCGAACUCUUCAGCUGUAACUUCUCCAAGAAUGAUGUCAUGCUCAGCGCGGUGGUCAUGACCUACUGGACCAACUUCGCCAAAACUGGUGACCCAAACCAGCCUGUUCCUCAGGAUACCAAGUUCAUUCACACAAAACCCAAUCGCUUCGAGGAAGUGGCGUGGUCCAAGUAUAACCCCAAAGACCAGCUCUAUCUGCAUAUUGGGCUAAAGCCCAGAGUGAGGGAUCACUACCGGGCUACCAAGGUGGCUUUCUGGCUGGAACUGGUUCCCCACCUGCACAACCUCAAUGAGAUCUUCCAGUAUGUGUCCACGACCACCAAGGUCCCCCCUCCUGACAUGACCUCGUUCCCCUAUGGCACCCGGCGGUCUCCCGCCAAGAUCUGGCCCACCACCAAACGCCCGGCCAUCACUCCCGCCAACAACCCCAAACACUCCAAGGACCCUCACAAGACAGGGCCCGAGGACACUACCGUCCUCAUCGAAACCAAACGGGAUUACUCCACCGAACUCAGCGUCACCAUCGCCGUAGGGGCCUCCCUGCUUUUCCUCAACAUCCUGGCCUUUGCAGCUCUGUACUACAAGAAGGACAAGAGGCGCCACGAGACACACCGGCGCCCCAGCCCCCAGAGAAACACGACCAACGACAUCGCUCACAUCCAGAACGAGGAGAUCAUGUCGCUGCAGAUGAAGCAGCUGGAGCACGACCACGAGUGCGAGUCCCUUCAGGCUCAUGACACGCUGAGGCUCACCUGUCCCCCGGACUACACCCUGACCCUGCGCCGGUCUCCGGACGACAUCCCACUUAUGACACCAAACACCAUCACCAUGAUUCCCAACACACUGACGGGCAUGCAGCCGUUGCACACAUUCAAUACCUUCAGCGGAGGACAAAACAGUACAAAUCUCCCCCACGGACACUCGACCACUCGGGUAUAGCUGUGCGGUUCCCUUCCCCGCCCUCGGCUCCUCCCCACCGGAGAGAGGGAGAAAGAGAGAAAAGCAACAUCUCCGCGCGAGGAAUGUCUGUCAUCCCACUGACUUAGAACCGAAACGACCACCACCACCACCACAACAGAAACGCCGCGGGGCCGCCAUCGCGCGUAUCCCCCGUGGACCCAUCCCACGGGCCUUUCCCAGUAUUAACAAGAUCAACUUCUGACCCUGAGAAAUGUGAAAACAAUUUCAUUGCCGUUCCAGGACCAUCAACAUCACUAUCCCUCCAGCCAACGUUCAGCGUGACGAGGACAUCGCCCUCUCUCAAGGACCUGGGUGUUUCCAAUGCAACGAGAGAAGCUGACCCUUUGGGAACUCAGCCAGGGACACUUCAAAAAAAAAAAAAUUUUUUUAAAUUACAAUGGAAAAACAAAACAAAACACAAAGUUCUUUAUGUGCCAUACGAUGGAUGGCUCUACGGAAGGAUUGAAAGACGGUGGGCUUUUACCCUGCCUAUGGAGGUGUGAUCCAGAGAGAAGGAGAAGCAGAAUUUUCCUAUUAAAAGAGCAGACUCUGUAGUAACGUACCUAUAGUUCUGUGCAAACCUGUUUUGCCAGCCUGAACUAUAUUUAAGAAACUUUGUAAAAAAAAAAAAAGAAAAAGAAAAAGAAAAAGAAAAAAUGUAUAUAGCUGUGAGUUUAAACAAAAACACACACAGAGGGUAAAAAAAACAAAAACAAAAAAACACAAAAAAACAGCAACAACAAACCAACCAACAACAACAAAAAAGCUUUUAUUGGUGUUUUCCGUUUGAAAGAGCUUUUACCGACAUUGUGCUUUUCAUUGUGGUCUGUAUGUAUAUAUAUAUAUAAAUAUACACAUUAGUCAUUCACCUCUGUUUCCUCCCGGACGCAGGACGAUUUUCUUCUUAAUUCCUUGCGGUGAGCCAAGACGCGGGGCUUUCUAACGCGUUUCCUUUGCAGGAGGACGUGGGGACGUGCAUCGGACCCAGACUGUCUGCGUGGUGGGGCUUUUCCCCCCUCUGCGGGGUUGCACAGAUGCAUGCAACAGCGUUCUUAGGAGACUGCUGGUUGGAGGCCACUUUUAUGUUCGGGGGUGGGUGUGUGAGCCUUCCUAAAGUUGCAACGCCGGGACGGAUCCCCCGCGUGGAGUGUGUUAAAACCUGCUGAAUGAGAAAACACGCACGCCCAGCGCGCCGGCAGGAGAAACAAAACACAGAUCUUGGUCUGUCGUUGGGGUCCUUUGAGUAUGUUGAGGGAGAGUCGCGAACAGGAAAAGUUGCCAAUAGGGAAAGAAAGCUUGCCUUUGGUGGGGCCGUGCCCUGCCGAGUAAAUACGGCUCAGUGUUCCCCCGCAGCUGCAGAAGGCUUUUGUUUAAGCAGUAAGUCCCUUAUUUAUCAGUGAGCAAGAUUUGUUUUUUUUAUUCUUUCUAUCAUUUAUCGGAUAAAACAUACGCUUGUCCGAAAGACCUGUCUUUCGUGGGCUUCUGUGUCACUCACAGAUCCGUGAAUAUGGUGGACAGGAGGCAAACCCCCUGAAAACGGUAGAACAUUGGAAGUGCUCUGCAUGGGUUUCCCGGGGGACUUAGGAUAGCCUUCCCCGUCCAGGUGAGAAACGCAGGUUCCUCACCCAUUUUCCAUGGGCAAGCUGGGGACCGGAGAUCGGCCCUCCGACACCUUCCCAUGUUCCCACUGUCCUUUAAAUUCCCCCCAAGGCACACUUUGAGUGUCCUAAAGCGGAAGGGACAGGUAGCCGUGGCGACUCUGUCGUCUGGCUUUCAAGAAUUAUCGCAACAUCGGGAAACAGUAGCCAAAGAUACUUGAAAAUACGGUCUCGAAGGGGGCUGUGUUGGAAACCCAGGCUUCAAAGUCCUUGCCGAGUUGGGGAUGCUGCACCAAUACAGCCCAAGGUCCUUUCGUCCCCCGACCCAGCUUGACCUUUGCAAAAGGACCCCCCUCCAUGAACACGGUAGUGACCUCCACCGACGCGUUCAAAGGCGCCCUCUAGAAAAAGGCACGUCCUUAGACAUGCCUACAAGGGACACCACCCACCCUGCCAUUUCUCUGGGUUUAAAUCCAAAGAGGGGUGGUUCUCUGUACAUACGCCUACGUGAACUCUCUAAACCCCGACUUUGCACACGGUGAAACCACACUCCUUCCCUGCAGCGAGGGCUCUCCCGGAUACGAGUCCUGUCCCCCCCAGGUCCUCACUUUCUGAAGCUAUCGUCAGGUCAUUUUCUGCAAGCUCCGUAUCCCUCUCCCGCCCCCCAGCUGGGUACGGCAGGUAGGCUCUCCGUGAAGCGACGUGGGAAGUGAUGCUUCGCAUCCGUGUGGGUCCGGUAUGUUUGUAAUGUGAAUUCCAAUAUUUGUUUAGUAUUUCCAACUGUCUUCUGCUAGCAAUAUGCACACUAAUCUGUCAGGCUUGUGACAUUUGGAUAAGGAAAAAAAAAAAAAGAGUUCUUGUUAAGUGAAUAACUUUAGCUUUUACAGAGGAUAUGAUCAAAAGAAAUUUAAUACAUCUUAAGGGAUAUCUUAUUUCUACAUGGAAAGAAGUUCUAGAAUCUUCAUAGAGUUCUAUGAGAAUAAAAUAUACUUGCUAUCUAUAAAAAAGUGAAAAAAAAAAGAGGAAAAAAAUGAGAAAAAAAUAAGUAAAAAAAAACCACACAAAAAAAAGAACCUUUCCUAGGCUUUUACUCUUGACCUUCACAGGCACGCAGGGUUUAAUGGUUUCUUGGGUUAUUAUUUUGCAAUUUUGUUUUUGAUUUUGCCUUAAGUAAUGAUAGAAGAUAUAUAUGGCUGGACACAUAUGUAUAAAGUUUUCAGCGGCAUUUUUAAUAAUAAAAUAUCACAGUAUUUUCUAA